AUGCUGCUCUCGCUGCUGCUACCGCUACCGCCGCCGCCACCGCGCUGGCCGGGAAGGGGCCGCCCUUCCGGGGAGGGCUGGGCGCCGGGAGGAGGGGCCUGGCGGCAGCGGGCCGCGGCGCAGGCCAUCGCCGGGCGGCGGGGAGAGAGCGGGUGGGUGUCCCGCGGCGGUGGCGGCGGGAUGGCCGUGAGGCACCAGCUGGAGCUGUUCCCCGGCUGCGGCGUGACCCUCCUCCUCUUCGACCGCCUCAGAAACGCCGCCGCCCUGAGGAAAAAGGCCAUGGAAGGAUCCAUAGAAGGAGCGUUCAUAAACCCGGCCAUGAUUGUAGAUCCUUUUCAAAUUCUCGUGGCGGUAAACAAAGCAGUUCAUCUACACAAGAUAGGUAAAAUGAAGACCAGAACUCUCUAUUCGGAAAUUAUUUUCAGCCUUUCACCAAACAACAAUAUUUCCGAUGCAUUUAAGAAGUUUGGCAUUUCAGACAGUGACACAGCAGUUCUCAUUGUUCUGGUUACGGACGAAGGAAAAACUGUAAAUGUGGAAGAUAUAGCAUCUCAGGUAGAAGGCCAACAGGUUUCUCUAGAUGAACUCCCCCGACUCGCAGACACUGCCAAAAUUAAAAAGCUCUACAAAAUUACUCCACAGGAAGAAAAAAUUGGCACCUUACUGGAUAGUAUUGUUUGCAGAAUGUCAACAAAAGAUGUUUUAUGAAAAUGUGGAAAUAAAUUUUUUUUUUAAGAAAAAAGAGGGCUUUUUAUGAUGUGAAAACACUUCAUUGCAAUUCAUACUGCGUAUCAGAGAAAGUGGUGCAGUACUGAGUAGUUUGGUGACAUUGAGCUUUAACCGUAAGUGAGCAAGCUUGGACCUGGGGGUGAUCUGAGGCGUGUUCUAAGCACUGAGAGCAAUUCAGCUGUGUGAAGCAGAAGUUGCCAUUGGUAUUUCCAUUUUCUUAACAAGAGGGAAAAAAAAAUCACUUUUGCCAGUACCUUAAGUAGAUCGUAAACAGAAGGCUUGGAAAUCUGUACUUUUCUCUUUCACCAAAAGUUUUGCUAGUCCCAGAUAAGAUUCAAACAUUGUAAAUAAGUUUUGUUAACUCUCCCCUGAUUUGUUUUGUUUUGGCACCCUUGGUGGGUACCCUGUAGUACAGAGUAUUGCUGAUGGGCUAGAAAAAGGAAAGUUUCCAUAAAUGAUCCCUUGUUCUGCUGAUGGGAUAGAGUCUCCGCCCACCCUUUGGGAGCAGAAGGGCACAGGAGGGGCACCAUGGCAGGCAGCAGUGGGGACAAUGUGGGCAUCAGAGACGUCCAGAACGACGAGUAAGGUCAGUGCGGAUGAUGCUGUGGUGGUGUUAGCACCUGACCGUCUGAUGUCAUCAGGUGCAGCGUACUGCUGAGGUACUGGUGUGUUGCUGUGGUACUCCAGUGUUGGUGUUGAAAGGUGCUUUUACUGUAUCACACUGAAUUAUGCCUGGUGACGCUGACUUCCUAGGGCCUGGUUCCAGGUGCAGAAUUCACAGAGAAAUUUCCACCAUAGAUUUAUUCACUUAAAUUGUUGAUAGAACUUAACAUAGCAUUCUGAAAGGAUCACUGAACUCGUUUUGUUGAACCAGUGUUAGGAAAGGCCAUCAAUGGGAACUAAAAUGAAUAUUGAUUUCCAGUAGUCACCAGGUCCAACAGCCUUGCCUGAGUAUUAUUUAAUCACCUCUUAAACACAUCCUGUUUAAGAAAAAAUACUGUCCUAAUUAGGUAGAAAUCCAUACUGCUCUUGUUAUGCUGUAUGGUUUUUCUGGGAUGUGUAUAAAACUAUAUAGCUGUCUGCAUUUUGGGUUUUUUUCCCUAACAUUCUCUGAGAUAUUACAGCUUGUGUACUUACGAAAUAUAUGGAAGAGUACGCCCCAGAUUCUUACAUGUAGCAUUUGGCAAAUCAAAAUAUAUUUGAGGGGAGAGGCAAGUCUGAGUUGAAACGUUACCCACUACAGUCGACAGACCAGCAAACUGACAUACAGACCUAGCAUUGUCUGUCUUUCUGUAUUUAAUAUUAAAAUCCCUAGCUUCUGUUUUGCAUUUUGAUUUUGGUUAAUUCUUCCCUCAAUUAAAACACAGUAGUACAAAUACCAUCUUUUUCUUACCAGCCAAAUCAAUGGCAAAAUAGUUAUCAAGUACCAAGGGAAUUACAAGGUUUAUCAAAAGAAAUGAUUCAGGAGAAAUGGCUGUGCUGAUUUCUUGGUUUAAAGAUGGGUUUACAGAAUGCGUCCUCCUCUCUAAAGGGAAAUGCGAGGCAGUGGUAAAAAAUGGAGCUUGGAAGGGCUUAAGUCUUGAAAUAAAACGCGCGUAACAUCAGCACGUGAGAAUGACCAUGGAAAAUAAAAGACUUGUUUUCCUUUUCUGACAGUCCAGUUGGUACAUGGAGUAUAUCAUCAGAUUUGCUGGCUGAGCCGCUGACAUUGGUUUUGGUAGCUUAAAAUAACAGCAGGCAGGUAUGCUCAAACCACAGCCUUUUUUGAACAUGUGUAAAACAUCGGUCUGGUCUGUUUAAUAUAGGAGAAGUAUUAAUAAAAAGAUUGCUGCAUAAGAAUUGAUACACAAGUUCCAAGCUUGUGUUCCCAGUUUCUAAUUCUUGUCAGUCUAUUUCAUUGG